CGUUUCCACCGCCGUAACAAUCCCUCCGAUGACGUCCAAGAGAAAAACUCUUUUUUGGAUAACAGCAAAACGCUGCUGGAAAGAAUUCGAGAAUUUUCUUCAAUCCUACCGAAAACCGUGAACGAUUCAACGGCUUCGCCCAUCGAAGUUACAUCGCCGCCGCAAACGCUUGAUUUCGUCGUCACCGUCACCCAGAAUCGAUCCAAUAUUUUUGGAUUCGAUUUACCGAUGAUGAACACGAUCAACGAGACGAAGACGCUUGGAAUCCCACAAGGCGUCUCUGACGCUGUUCAAUCCGCGGGAUCGUACGUUGCCGACAGUGCCAAAGAAGCGAUCCAAGCUGCUCAAGGAUACGUCAGCCAAAUCUUGCCAUCGCAAACUGAAAAACCGAGCAUUCUCGCCAACCUUUGGGGCCCCGGCAGUUUCAAUAUAUUCAAUAAAAUAAUCAUUUACAACGCGUCCGUGAACAACGAAGAGGAUAAAAAAAACCCAACAACCGUUCAACCUCAAACGACCCAAAAAUCCGAGGAAACCUCCCAAAACGAUGAAGUUCCCUCAACAACCUCAGACAGCAGUGACGAUACUGUUCAACCUGCGCAAUCCACGACCACUGCUGAUAACCUCACCGAGAAUCCUGCGACAUCGGAGUCCACUACCCAGACCGCCGAAGGCAAAGUAAGCGCUUUGAACUUGUUGGCUCGCAACUCUGAAAAAAUACCUCUCAUCGUCGAACGACCUGGACUCGUUCCCCUCCUCGUUAAGAACCCGAUCUACGUCGCUGAGAAACCAGCCCUCGCUACGUACUUCAACUUCUAUCGAAGUACUGACGAAACACCUUUGCGCUACGCUAAUCACGAGGUGAUCGAGGAACCCGUUCAAGUAUUCGAACAGCCUCCAUCGUCAGAAGCAUCGAGCGAAGUUACCGGCAUCUCUCCAAAACGAGGUUUCUUGCAGGGAUGGUUCGACUUAAAGAACAUCGCAUUAGAAAAUGAAUCGAAUCACACUAUUGCUGCAAGAAGCGCGACUACUGUUAGCAUCGUCAACGAUUCUCAGGUUGCCGGAGAGUUGGAAGAAACUGUUACUUUGGAACCAAAAACUUCUACGGGCGUUGUAAAAAGACAAACAUCGGACGCUCCUGAAGGUAGUAGUGAAAAAACUGACGACGGCUCGGAAAAAAAGGUAUCGAAAAGAUGCGCAUUCCAUCGGAAACUCGUGAAGAAAGAAGAAACGGAAACAUCAGACGAUACCGAGAUACCAGAAGAUAUCGAAGGUAGUACUGAAACGACUGAAGACGGCUCAGAAAAAAAAGUAUCGAAAAGAUGCGCAUUCCAUCGGAAACUCGUGAAGAAAGAAGAAACGGAAACAUCAGACAAUACCGAGAUACCAGAAGAUAUCGAAGGUAGUACUGAAACGACUGAAGACGGCUCAGAAAAAAAGGUAUCGAAAAGAUGCGCAUUCCAUCGGAAACUCGCGAAGAAAGAAGAAACGGAAACAUCAGACGAUACCGAGAUACCAGAAGAUAUCGAAGGUAGUACUGAAACGACUGAAGACGGCUUGGAAAAAAAGGUAUCGAAAAGGUGCGCAGUCCAUUCAAAACUCGUGAAGAAAGAAAAAACGAAAAUAUCAAACGAUACCGAGAAGCCAGAAGACGUCAAAGAAACUAAAAAGGAAACUGAAAACGUUCCAGAACCCGAGGCAUCAACAAGAUCAGCAACAACCCCAAUAGUCGACGAAACAACAUCGGAUGCUCCUGUAGUUUCAGAAAUCGUCGAAGAAAAAGACGGAAAAACUGAAAACGUUUCUGAAAUUGAGGUUUCGGAGCGGUCAGCAACAACUCGAACGGUUGAUGGGGAAGCUUCGAAUGCUACAGACGUUCCAAAAAUUGUGGAAGAAAAUGACGGAAAAACCGAAAACGUGACUAAAACAGGGGUAUCAAAAAGGUCAGCAACAACCACGACAGUCAAUGAAAAAACAUCAAAUGCUUCUUUAGUUCCAGAAGUUGUCGAAGAAAAAGACGGAAAAAAAGAAAACGUUUCUAAAACCGAGGUUUCGAAACGGUCAGCCUCAACUGCAACAGUCGAUAGGGAAACAUCGGAUGUUCCAGAACACGACGAAGAAAUUAACGAGAAAACUGAGAAUGCUCCAGAAACUCCGGAAUCGAAAAGGUCAGUAACAACUCCAACUGUCGAUGAAGAAACUUCGGACUCUACUGUAAUUCCAGAAUAUGUGGAAGAAAAUAACGAGAACACUGAAAACAUGCCUCAAAGUCCAGCAUCAAAAAGGUCAGCAACGACUCCAGUAUCCGUUGAUGAAUCAUCUGUAGUUCCAGAAGUCGUCGAAGAAAAUAACGAGAAAAUUGAAAACAUGCCUCAAAGUCCGGCAUCAAAAAGGUCAGCAACGACUCCAGUAUCCGUUGACGAAUCUUCUGUAGUUCCAGCAGUCGUCGGAGACAGUAGCGAGAAAACAGAAAACAUUCCAGAAUCUCAGGAAUCGAAGAGGUCAGCAACGACUCCAGUAUCCGUUGACGAAUCAUCUGUAAUUCCAGCAGUCGUCGAAGAAAGUAACGAGAAAACAGAAAACAUUCCAGAAUCUCAGGUAUCGAAGAGGUCAGCAACGACUCCAGUAUCCGUUGACGAAUCGUCUGUAGUUCCAGAAGUCGUCGAAGAAAAUAACGAGAAAACAGAAAAUAUUCCAGAAACUCAGGUAUCGAAGAGGUCAGCAACGACUCCAGUAUCCGUUGAUGAAUCAUCUGUAGUUCCAGAAGUCGUCGAAGAAAAUAAGGAAAAAAUUGAAAAUAUGUCUCAAAGUCCGGCAUCAAAAAGGUCCGCAACGACUCCAGUAUCCGUUGAUGAAUCAUCUGUAGUUCCAACAGUCGUCGAAGAAAGUAACGAGAAAUCUGAAAACAAGUUUGAAAGUCGGGCAUCAAAAAGGUCAGCAACGACUCCAGUAUCCGUCGACGAAUCAUCUGUAGUUCCAGAAGUCGUGGAAGAAAAUAACGAUAAAAUUGAAAACAUGCCUCAAAGUCCGGCAUCGAAAAGGUCAGCAACGACUCCAGUAUCCGUUGACGAAUCAUCUGUAGUUCCAGCAGUCGUCGGAGACAGUAGCGAGAAAACAGAAAACAUUCCAGAAUCUCAGGUAUCGAAGAGGUCAGCAACCACUCCAGUAUCCGUUGACGAAUCAUCUGUAGUUCCAGAAGUCGUCGAAGAAAAUAACGAGAAAACAGAAAAUAUUCCAGAAACUCAGGUAUCGAAGAGGUCAGCAACGACUCCAGUAUCCGUUGACGAAUCAUCUGUAGUUGCAGAAAUCGUCGAAGAAAAUAACGAGAAAAUUGAAAACAUGCCUCAAAGUCCGGCAUCAAAAAGGUCAGCAACGACUCCAGUAUCCGUUGACGAAUCUUCUGUAGUUCCAGCAGUCGUCGGAGACAGUAGCGAGAAAACAGAAAACAUUCCAGAAUCUCAGGAAUCGAAGAGGUCAGCAACGACUCCAGUAUCCGUUGACGAAUCAUCUGUAAUUCCAGCAGUCGUCGAAGAAAGUAACGAGAAAACAGAAAACAUUCCAGAAUCUCAGGUAUCGAAGAGGUCAGCAACGACUCCAGUAUCCGUUGACGAAUCGUCUGUAGUUCCAGAAGUCGUCGAAGAAAAUAACGAGAAAACAGAAAAUAUUCCAGAAACUCAGGUAUCGAAGAGGUCAGCAACGACUCCAGUAUCCGUUGAUGAAUCAUCUGUAGUUCCAGAAGUCGUCGAAGAAAAUAACGAGAAAACAGAAAAUAUUCCAGAAACUCAGGUAUCGAAGAGGUCAGCAACGACUCCAGUAUCCGUUGAUGAAUCAUCUGUAGUUCCAGAAGUCGUCGAAGAAAAUAAGGAGAAAAUUGAAAACAUGCCUCAAAGUCCGGCAUCAAAAAGGUCCGCAACGACUCCAGUAUCCGUUGACGAAUCAUCUGUAGUUCCAGAAGUCGUCGAAGAAAGUAACGAGAAAACAGAAAAUAUUCCAGAAACUCAGGUAUCGAAGAGGUCAGUAACGACUCCAGUAUCCGUUGACGAAUCAUCUGUAGUUACAGAAGUCGUCGAAGAAAGUAAUGAGAAAACUGAAAACACGCCUGAAAGUGUGAAAUCAAAAAGGUCAGCAACGACUCCAGUAUCCGUUGACGAAUCAUCUGUAGUUCCAGAAGUCGUCGAAGAAAAUAACGAAAAAACUAAAAACACGUCUAAAAGUCGGGCAUCAACAAGGUCAGCAACGACUCCAGUAUCCGUCGACGAAUCAUCUGUAGUUCCAGAAGUCGUCGAAGAAAGUAACGAGAAAAAUGAAAACAUAGCUCAAAGUCCGCCAUCAAAACGGUCAGCAACAACUCCAGUAUCCGUUGACGAAUCAUCUGUAGUUCCAGAAGUCGUCGAAGACAAUAACGAGAAAACAGAAAAUAUUCCAGAAUCUCAGGUAUCGAAGAGAUCAGCAACGACUUCAGUAGCCGUCGACGAAUCAUCUGUAGUUCCAGAAGUCGUCGAAGAAAGCAACGAGAAAAAUAAAAACAUGACUCAAAGUCCGGUAUCAAAACGGUCAGCAACGACUGCAGUAUCCGCUGACGAAUCAUCUGUAGUUCCAGAAGUCGUCGGAGACAGUAACGAGAAAACAGAGAACAUUACAGAAUCUCAGGUAUCGAAGAGGUCAGCAACGACUCCAGUAUCCGUUGACGAAUCAACUGUAGUUACAGCAGUCGUCAAAGAAAAUAACGAGAAAACAGAAAAAAUUCCAGAAUCUCAGGUAACGAAGAGGUCAGCAACGACUCCAGUAUCCGUUGACGAAUCAUCUGUAAUUCCAGCAGUCGUCGAAGAAAGUAACGAGAAAACAGAAAAUAUUCCAGAAACUCAGGUAUCGAAGAGGUCAGCAACGACUCCAGUAUCCGUUGAUGAAUCAUCUGUAGUUCCAGAAGUCGUCGAAGAAAAUAAGGAAAAAAUUGAAAAUAUGUCUCAAAGUCCGGCAUCAAAAAGGUCCGCAACGACUCCAGUAUCCGUUAACGAAUCAUCUGUAGUUCCAGAAGUCGUCGAAGAAAGUAACGAGAAAACAGAAAAUAUUCCAGAAACUCAGGUAUCGAAGAGGUCAGCAACGACUCCAGUAUCCGUUGACGAAUCAUCUGUAGUUCCAACAGUCGUCGAAGAAAGUAACGAGAAAACUGAAAACACGCCUGAAAGUCUGAGAUCAAAAAGGUCAGCACCGACUCCAGUAUCCGUUGACGAAUCAUCUAUAGUUCCAGCAGUCGUCGAAGAAAAUAACGAAAAAACUAAAAACACGUCUAAAAGUCGGGCAUCAACAAGGUCAGCAACGACUCCAGUAUCCGUCGACGAAUCAUCUGUAGUUCCAGAAGUCGUCGAAGAAAGUAACGAGAAAAAUGAAAACAUAGCUCAAAGUCCGCCAUCAAAACGGUCAGCAACAACUCCAGUAUCCGUUGACGAAUCAUCUGUAGUUCCAGAAGUCGUCGAAGACAAUAACGAGAAAACAGAAAAUAUUCCAGAAUCUCAGGUAUCGAAGAGAUCAGCAACGACUUCAGUAGCCGUCGACGAAUCAUCUGUAGUUCCAGAAGUCGUCGAAGAAAGCAACGAGAAAAAUAAAAACAUGACUCAAAGUCCGGUAUCAAAACGGUCAGCAACGACUGCAGUAUCCGCUGACGAAUCAUCUGUAGUUCCAGAAGUCGUCGGAGACAGUAACGAGAAAACAGAGAACAUUACAGAAUCUCAGGUAUCGAAGAGGUCAGCAACGACUCCAGUAUCCGUUGACGAAUCAACUGUAGUUACAGCAGUCGUCAAAGAAAAUAACGAGAAAACAGAAAAAAUUCCAGAAUCUCAGGUAUCGAAGAGGUCAGCAACGACUCCAGUAUCCGUUGACGAAUCAUCUGUAAUUCCAGCAGUCGUCGAAGAAAGUAACGAGAAAACAGAAAAUAUUCCAGAAACUCAGGUAUCGAAGAGGUCAGCAACGACUCCAGUAUCCGUUGAUGAAUCAUCUGUAGUUCCAGAAGUCGUCGAAGAAAAUAAGGAAAAAAUUGAAAAUAUGUCUCAAAGUCCGGCAUCAAAAAGGUCCGCAACGACUCCAGUAUCCGUUAACGAAUCAUCUGUAGUUCCAGAAGUCGUCGAAGAAAGUAACGAGAAAACAGAAAAUAUUCCAGAAACUCAGGUAUCGAAGAGGUCAGCAACGACUCCAGUAUCCGUUGACGAAUCAUCUGUAGUUCCAACAGUCGUCGAAGAAAGUAACGAGAAAACUGAAAACACGCCUGAAAGUCUGAGAUCAAAAAGGUCAGCACCGACUCCAGUAUCCGUUGACGAAUCAUCUAUAGUUCCAGCAGUCGUCGAAGAAAAUAACGAAAAAACUAAAAACACGUCUAAAAGUCGGGCAUCAACAAGGUCAGCAACGACUCCAGUAUCCGUCGACGAAUCAUCUAUAGUUCCAGAAGUCGUCGAAGAAAGUAACGAGAAAAAUGAAAACAUAGCUCAAAGUCCGGCAUCAAAACGAUCAGCAACGACUCCAGUAUCCGUUGACGAAUCAUCUGUAGUUCCAGCAGUCGUCGAAGAAAAUAACGAAAAAACUAAAAACACGUCUAAAAGUCGGGCAUCAACAAGGUCAGCAACGACUCCAGUAUCCGUCGACGAAUCAUCUGUAGUUCCAGAAGUCGUCGAAGAAAGCAACGAGAAAAAUGAAAACAUGGCUCAAAGUCCGGUAUCAAAACGGUCAGCAACGACUGCAGUAUCCGCUGACGAAUCAUCUGUAGUUCCAGAAGUCGUGAAAGAAAGUAACGAGACAACAGAAAAUAUUCCAGAAACUCAGGUAUCGAAGAGGUCAGCAACGACUCCAGUAUCCAUCGACGAAUCAUCUGUAGUUCCAGAAAUCGUAGAAGAAAAUAACGAGAAAACUGAAAACAAGUUUGAAAAUCCGGCAUCGAAAAGGUCAGCAACGACUCCAGUAUCCGUUGACGAAUCAUCUGUAGUUCCAGAAGUCGUCGAAGAAAAUAAUGAGAAAACUGAAAACGCGCCUGAAAGUGUGAAAUCAAAAAGGUCAGCAACGACUCCAGUAUCCGCUGACGAAUCAUCUGUAGUUCCAGAAGUAGUGGAAAAAAGUAACGAGAAACCCGAAAACAUGUCUCAAAGUCCGGCAUCGAAAAGGUCAGCAAUGACUCCUGCUGUAGAAGUCACCGAUACAAUCAAUGAAAAAAUCGAAGACGUUUCCGAUGUUAAACACCCAAAAAAGCGUGCAUUGCACUUCGCGUUCGUUAAAAGGGCUAUCAAUGUAACCCCGGAAACUGCUGUUGAAGAAGCUUUCGGAGAAGUUGCUGACACAACUGCACCAGCACCCAAGCUUUUAGACCCGAUCGUUUCCAAGAGAUCUGUCCUUGAAACUUCAAGAUUCGACGAUUCGUCCGCAUUAAAAAAGUCAUCAACGAUAACUGUGGUGAAAACAAUUGUCGACAAAAAUUUGAGAGUCCCCGUGGUGAGAGACUCCGUCGAAGUCACUAAAAAAAAAACUGAAUUAGUUACCAAAGCUACAUUUUCAUAAACACUAGAAACGACAUCAACAUCCUCUGAGGAGAAUAUACCGAAAAAUGGCACGAUCCCAUAAAAUAAGGUCUCGAAAACACCGGAGACACCUUCCUCGGUUUAUAAGAAAAUUGUGAAUAGAAAUCAACACAAUUCUCCAAUGUUACCGAAAGUUUCGAAUAUCUAAAAAAAAAACAUUCGAAUUCGUCCCAAGUACCGAGCAAAUGGAGAAAGCCGUUAUGAACUAAAAUCAACAGGGUGCACCUCUCCAAUCCAGAAUUUAUCGAGUCAACGAAAGAACCGUCAUUAUCCGAAUGAAUGGAAAACAAAUCAAAAACGUCAGCAACUAUCCGUUGGAAAAUCCGAAGUGCUGAAUCCCAGAAAAGGUGUCUCAACCAGCGACUUACUGUGAGCCACAGUCAACGAACUUUACUUUUUAGAAUUCCAUGGAAUUGUAAUCCUUGAAUAAGCGUGGUAUAAAAAUAAAAUAAAAAUCCACA